AUGGUCUUGUAUCUUCUCCUUUCAAGUGGAGGAGUGGACAGAGGCAAAGAGAAGGAGGCUGAGGAUGGCAUUAUUGCUUAUGAUGACUGCGGGGUGAAACUGACUAUUGCUUUUCAAGCCAAGGAUGUGGAAGGAUCUACUUCUCCUCAAAUAGGAGAUAAGGUUGAAUUUAGUAUUAGUGACAAACAGAGGCCUGGACAGCAGGUUGCAACUUGUGUGCGACUUUUAGGUCGUAAUUCUAACUCCAAGAGGCUCUUGGGUUAUGUGGCAACUCUGAAGGAUAAUUUUGGAUUUAUUGAAACAGCCAAUCAUGAUAAGGAAAUCUUUCUCUAUUACAGUGAGUUCUCUGGUGAUGUUGAUAGCCUGGAACUGGGGUACAUGGUCGAGUAUAGCUUGUCCAAAGGCAAAGGCAACAAAGUCAGUGCAGAAAAAGUGAACAAAACACACUCAGUGAAUGGCAUUACUGAGGAAGCUGAUCCCACCAUUUGCUCUGGCAAAGUAAUUCGCCCCCUGAGGAGUGUUGAUCCAACACAGACUGAGUACCAAGGAAUGAUUGAGAUUGUGGAGGACGGCGAUAUGAAAGGUGAGGUCUAUCCAUUUGGCAUCGUUGGGAUGGCCAACAAAGGGGAUUGCCUGCAGAAAGGGGAGAGCGUCAAGUUCCAAUUGUGUGUCCUGGGCCAAAAUGCACAAACUAUGGCUUACAACAUCACACCCCUGCGCAGGGCCACAGUGGAAUGUGUGAAAGAUCAGUUUGGCUUCAUUAACUAUGAAGUAGGAGAUAGCAAGAAGCUCUUUUUCCAUGUGAAAGAAGUUCAGGAUGGCAUUGAGCUACAGGCAGGAGAUGAGGUGGAGUUCUCAGUGAUUCUUAAUCAGCGCACUGGCAAGUGCAGCGCCUGUAAUGUUUGGCGAGUCUGUGAGGGCCCCAAGGCUGUUGCAGCUCCUCGACCUGAUCGGUUGGUCAAUCGCUUGAAGAAUAUCACUCUUGAUGAUGCCAGUGCUCCUCGCCUAAUGGUUCUUCGUCAGCCAAGGGGACCAGAUAACUCAAUGGGGUUUGGUGCAGAAAGAAAGAUCUGUCAAGCUGGUAUCAUUGACUAACCACAUCCACAAAGCACACCAUUAAUCCACUAUGAUCAAGUUGGGGGGAAUCUGGUGAAGGGUUCUGAAUAUCUCCCUCUUCAUCCCUCCCGAAAUCUGGAAUACUUAUUCUAUUGAGCUAUUACACCAGUUUUAACACC